ACCAGAGAGCAAUAGUUGGCCAGAGUUUAAUUUCGAGUGUUUGUUGUUUGUUUUGGAUAACGUGGCUGUCAAAGUAAUCAGGUGACUAUGGAGGUGACUGGCUUAUCGUUAUCAGGGAAUAGUUCGUUUCAGAAUGCCUGUGAUACCAUCUUUCCAGUUAUAGCGAUAUCGUUGCGUACGAAGGUAGAAGAAGGACAAAGUGUUUUUGCCUUAGUGCUGUGACACUGCAACAAUUGUCAAUGUCAUAGCUCCUCGACUUGUGGCUACACUAAUAACAAGAUUUUAGAAGUUUAUGUCGGAGCAACUUAGGUAGAAUUGAAGCAAAAUGGCUGUGGACAGACUGAAAACCAUACAGCGCCAUCUGCAGCACCGCUUGGAGUCCCCUCGUCCUACACCAAAUUUAACAUCUACAGCAGUUUUUCCAAGUAGUAAUAGUGAAUUUAGAUAUUCUCUGGACAACAAACUGUUAACCUAUGCUCAAAGAAGAUUUUAUGAAGAAAAUGGCUACAUUGUUAUUCCCGGCUUAAUUGAAGAUGGCCUUCUUGAUGAAUGCAGGGAUCAUUUUGUUGACAUAUGCCAUGGACGCGUUGACAAGGGCAACAUGGUUUUGAUGAAAGACAUUUCACUGGCCAAAACUGGAGCAACAGGAGAGUACCUGUAUUAUAAAGCUCAAGACAUUUUAUGGGAUGAAAUCUUUGCCAAGUACAUCACUCAUCCAUUGCUGCUUGACUACGUUGAGUGCUUUACUGGACCCAACAUAAAGGCAAUGCACACAAUGCUUAUAAAUAAACCUCCAGACUCAGGGAAGGCUACCUCUGUACACCCUGCACAUCAGGACCUCCAUUACUUUCCCUUUAGGCCAGCUGAUCGCAUAGUGGCAGCGUGGACAGCCAUGGAGAGGGUGACUACCAGGAACGGCUGUUUGUACGUGCUCCCCGGAACUCACAAGGGCAAACUCCUGCAGCAUGACUAUCCUGAUCUGGAGAAUGGUGUCAACAGAGCUUUUCAUGGAAUCAAGGGGUACGAUAACCACCCAAAGAUUUUUGUUGAGAUGGAAAAAGGUGAUACGGUAUUUUUCCAUCCAUUGUUGAUUCACGGAUCUGGUAUUAAUGUUACACAGGGUUUUCGAAAAGCAAUUUCUUGCCAUUAUGCUGCAUCGGACUGCGACUACAUAGACGUACGAGGAACAACACAAGAAAACAUAGCUCAGGAAGUACUUGAAAUCACAAAACGCAGAGGUGUGGAACUCACCUACCAGGAUGUCUGGAAAUACAGGAGCAGACUUGUUCGUGGGCAGGAGAUAUCACUGUAAACACUACAGUGUGAAACAUAGGCUUUGGGAAAAUGCUGUUUGUUUGCUGGUCCUGAUAUCCUGAGUUAAGUAUUUUUCCAGAUACCAAAGAAGACAUUUUUCAAUCAUGCAUAUAUAUAUAUGCUCCAUGCCUAGUGAUUUUGUAUUGAAAGGGCAACAGGCUGGACUUGUAAAUGUCUAUUAUUCACGUUAUAUUAAGAUAAAAGAAUUAUGUAUUCCUUGAAAUCUUUGUAUUUUUAUGCAUCAACUUUAAGUUGGGUUUUACUGUGAUAUAACUAAUGGGUACUGUUUGUAAUCUACGUACAAAAUCGUAAACAAAUUAACAAUAGACAGAGGCUAUACUAUAUUUUGUGCAUUUUUAACAAUAAACUGUUAUGACAGAAA